ACUGAUGUCUCCCCCUUCCCUUCUGAAACCAGCAUUGAGCUGUAGAGAUGGAUAUCCUUUAUCCAUGUGAGCUGUAUGUGGAUCAACUGAUGUGUUGAAUCAAUGUGACACUGAGUCCAGUGAGUAUAGUGAAUGGUGAUUGGGGGCCAGACGUGAUUUCUCAGAGCAAUGGCUAAGACAGCACAAUUUGCAUUAGAUGUGGUCAUGUGGGAUGUAUGGUUCGGUACUUUGGUUAUUUGAUUAAAAAAACUGUGUUGUUUAUUAGAAGAUUUGGGAAUGAUAAUGUUUGAAAUUAGAAUGUCAUUCUUGCAAAGAUUCUGCAGAUUGAUUUUGACAGAGCUCUGGGAGCUCAUCACCGAAUGUGCAUCUUCUGUAAUGCCAUCACCAUUUGCGCACCCCUCAUCGAGCUUAAGUGAGAUGGAUCUGUUUUAUCAAUGUAAGGAGGUCUUAAAGAUCCAGAAGUUCCGGCGUAUGGUGUCCUAUGCUGGAUUCUACUGCUUCACCACCCUCAUUACCUAUGCUUACACAAGCAAUACGACAAGGGCUGGGAUCUCUAGAGCGGACCAGUAUUAUGCCUCCUACCCUGCUGGUACUGAGCUACUGACUGACACUGCAAAGCUUUACAAGGCCGCAUUAGGUAAUUGUUUUGAGAUAGAUGACUGGGGCCCGAUUGAGUUCUCCAUCAUGGCAAAGCAUUUUGAUAGGCAAGGGAAACCACCCUAUGCGUACCACGCACAAUACCUGGCACAUCUCCUCUCCCAUGGGCAACUCGAUGGAAGCGGUUAAAUGCAGGAUGUAUUGUUGGUAGCAUCAGUGCAACAAGAAUUUCACUAGACCUUGUACAAAAGUCUUGUCUUGCUAUAACACUGAGUUCAGACUGCGUUGGCCAACAAAUUGCAGAGCUGAAAUUUAGGCCAUCAACUGGUACAAUAUCAGUACCGAAUGUGUACCUGUCACGCAACGAUUUCUGAAAAACAUGACCCUGUCCUGUUGGAGCAUUUAACUUGUCCUUUUGUUGUUGAAUAAAACUCUGAAUGUCAAGGCAUGUA